UUUCAUUUUCCAUGCGAGUACCAGUUUAUUGGAAGAUGGCUGCCCCUAGUGGAAAGGGGUUUCCAGAUUUUCAGCGAUUAAAAAUCCUCGCUAAAGAUGAUCUUACAAGCCUACUGGAUGAAAUGCCUGGGAAAAAGGACUUAGUUAUUGAUGCAGACUUAAUGAAACCACUAGAUAGGAUUGCUAGUAUAUCUCUUCUCAAGCAAAGAGGAGUAGAAAAAAUCUACAAAUUUGACAGUACAUUGAAGUCUAUGAGUGGCUGUGAACAGAGGCUUUAUCUGGUCCGACCCAGGAUGACCACAAUGAAGGCCAUUGCUGACCACAUCAACUCUGAUCUAAAUAUCAACUUCAAACGAAAAUAUAAUAUCAUAUUUGUUCCAAGAAAAUUACACACCUGCCUGUCCGUUCUGGAGUAUGAAGGGGUAAUUGGUCAUGUGACUUUGAGUGAAUUUCGAUUAGACUUUAUACCUCUGGACAAAGAUAUCCUAUCUCUAGAACUACCAGAAUUCUUUAAGACAUUUUAUCUUGAAAAUGAUCAGACUUGGAUUCAUACUGUGGCCAAAUCUCUUGUCCGGAUACAAGCUCUUACUGGUGAAAUCGGCCAUGUACAUUGUAUAGGUAAAGGGGCUAAGAUGACAAAUGAUUUGAUGAACUUUUUAAUGAAUAGAAACUCAUCUGACCAGGAUUUCAGUAGACAUGAAAUAGGCACUCUUAUCCUGAUAGACAGAGAUGUGGAUUAUGUAACUCCAUUGUGUUCACAACUUACUUACGAGGGCCUCCUGGAUGAAACAUUUGGCAUCAAGUGCGGAACCAUUGAAUUUGGACCAGAAGUUACUGGGAAACAACAGAGUGCCAAGUUACUACUCAAUUCAGAUGACGUAAUAUUUGAAGAUGUCAGAAAUCGCCAUUUUUCCCAUGUCCUAGGAUAUUUAAGUUCAAAGGCCAAGUUACUCCAGCAGGAUUUUGAUAAAAGGCAUGGACUUAAGUCUGUUGGAGACAUGAAGGACUUUGUUGCAAAUGAACUUAGAAGGCUCAAAGAACAAAAAUCUGUGCUUGCCAAUCACAUUGGAGCUUGUGAGCAGAUUCUGGGGAAGAAAACUAAAGGUGGAUUUGAGGAUUAUCUACAGACAGAACACAGCCUACUGGAGAGUUCCAGUGUGAGAGACAAUGUUACGUACAUUGAAGAACUCAUCUUUAAACAGGAUAACAUGUUGAAGACAUUGAAGCUCAUGUGUCUUUUGUCCCUAACUCAGAAUGGAAUACCUUCCUCUACAUAUAAAUCACUCAAGACCCAAUAUCUACAGAGUCAUGGUUUUGAGCAGCUGAUCACAUUUUCCAACUUGAAGUCCCUGGGUAUUCUGACAGAACAGGAAACAGGAAGUCAGGCCGCCACACCUCUGAACAAGGUCACGUCUGGUAUGGCAGCCAUGACAAGAAGGAGCACAUUCCAAAGUCUCUGUAAAAAACUUUCAUUGAUUCCCAAGUCAGAUGACAUUGACCUGAAAAACCCUACAGACAUGUCGUAUGUGUUUAGUGGUGCCUACACACCUUUAUCCUGCAAACUAGUGGAACAGAUAUUAACUAGAGGAGGUUUCGCUGGUAUGGAAGAAAUCACGAAAUACUUACCAGGAGGGGUUCACAGUGAAAACCACGUCAAGGCAUCAAAAGACAGCAGCACAACAUCAAAAGACAAAUCAGGUAAAUCAGCCAGACAAGACCGCCCCGUCAGUAAAGUUGUCCUCAUAUAUUUCCUGGGAGGUUGUACUUAUUCAGAAAUAACUGCCCUCAGAUUUCUAGGUAAACUUAAAGGUUACAUAUUCAUCAUAGCUACCACUGCAAUCAUCAACAGCUCCACCAUGUUGGAAUCAGUGAUGGAGAGACCUCCUAUCUAGUUGACCUGUCUGUAUUAUAAGUUGUGUCUAUUUAUGCUAUUUAUAAAAUUAUUAUGAAAUUCUUAAAUCUACUCAUAAGAUAUUAUGAAAGAAAGGAAUCAAAAUCAUAAAAUGCAAGUUCAAAUUCCAGCUGCCAAAAAUAAAGCUUGCAGUUUAUCUUUGGCUGGUUGUCUCCUCAAACAUGUAUCAGAAGGAACUCCAAGUCCCAAGCAGCAGUAGCACUUUCAGUCCAAUUAGAUGCAUGUGGCCUGGAAAAUGAAUAUUUGGUAGAUUGAUUCAACAUGGAAGAUUUACUGCUGAAGUGGGAUUAGAAGAAAAUUAAGUAUACCAGUAAGUGAUGUGGACAAAAUGUUUUGCUAUUGUUAAAUUGUGGUAGAAAAUGACUCUUUCAAACUGUGUCCUCAGCAUUCCAAGAUAUUUAUUAUUUAUUCUAAAACAAAAUGUUCAUCAUAUAUACAUUUAGUAUAUGAGAUUGUGCCAAGAAUUAAUUUUAUGCAGAAAAUCCUGCUUGGAAAAAUUAUGAUGGAAGAAAUAGCAUUUGGAUUAUAGUGUGAACAAAUAAAUCAAUAAUUAAACAUACUUGCUAUAAAUUUUUCCACAAGACAUAAAGUCUGAUGACAAAACAGAAGUGGCAUUUAUAAUUUGUUUGUUGUAUGACCUAUGAGGAACUGGUUUUAAAUAAUUUCAAGAAAAAUACAAAUUUUCAAAUCCUAAAUUGAAUUUUUAAUGUAAAGAGGGGACCACCAUGUUUUUGUUGACUGAAAAAUCAAAUACUUUUACCUUUUUAUCCAAGAAAUACUUUUAAUAAGAUGGAGUGAAGCCCCACUAAUAUGGACAAAUUGUGAAUGUAUGUAGAAAUGGUCAAUUUUCCUCAAUUUGUUUUUGUACAUUAUUUUGUUGAUGAAAACUUUCAUUACAUAUGACUUGUAGUCCAUUGAAAAGAUUUUAUAUGCAGUAUAUAUUGAUGUUAAUUGAUUUAUGGGAAAAAAUUAUUUAAU